UGUCUUUUUCUGACUCACUGGAAUGUGCACGGCUUUGUUGCACAAAUGUAUUUUUUUGGGAAUGCAGUCUUGCAGGUAAUUAAUAGGUGUGGGCUCAGGUUAUGUGCCACACUGCAAUGGGAGGUAAAGGUGUAGCUGCAGAGGGAGCGGUGAGGAGCACAAACAGCCAGAGGGUGGAACUGACAGAGGGGGGCGAGGCUGUCACUGGAAAGGGAAAUUAAGGAGUAAGCAAGAUUGUUCCUGCAAAAACUGAUUCACUUUCACGGCUGGAAGGAGAGGAAGGCAGGCAUGGUUGGAGUUAAACCAGAGAAAGAAGCUAGGAAUCGGUGAGGGGGAAAACAGCAAGCCCAUCAGCAGCCAUUAUUUAUCUUCAUCUGUACGCCGAGACCACUGGAUAAUUUAUAAGCCUCCCCUCAUUGUGUUUGAGAGGAGGGAAGAUUAGCUGAGCUCACCACCAUGCUGAGUCCUGCUGCUCUCAGUGCAGCAGCUGCUGCUGCUGUCUGCCUGCUGGCACUUCUGGGCCCAGGCCUGUCUCUUCCCGCUGAGCAGGACUCCGAGCCAGGCCUCACCCUCUGCGACGGCUCCUUCUACAGACAGAUGCUUCCUCUGGGAGCCUCAGCUGAGCUGCCCCUGCACCGCCGCUGCCACAGGCUGCCCGGGGGACAGGCGUUUGCCACUCUGUCCAGCCCGACCUGUGACACCACUGUCUGCUCUGCCUUUCAUCUAAGCCAUGGAUGGACAGGGAGAGAGGAGGAGCAUGGGGGAGAGACUGUGGUAAGGAUGAAAAGUAAAAAAAAAAAAAAAAAAGCAAUGAUUUGUCCAAUAACAAUAUUUUCCUUUUUUUACUCCAAGACAGAAGAAGAUGGUGCCAAAGCCACAGUUCCAGCUCUUCUUAAGGGAGGAGCAGAUCAGUCUGAUCCAAGCUCACCCAUAAACUCCCCUUUUCAACAGUGGGACUCAGCAGUAGCAGCAGUCAUCCAGUCUAGCAUCAUCCCCAAGUGUGCCGCUCUAGGAGGCGGCCUCUACAUCCUGACAGGAGCAGGACGACUUGGGGCAGCUGAGGAUGGAGAUGAAGACUGUCAGGCCAAACUGCUGUGGUCUGCAGUGUGCUGCUCUCCUCCAGAGGGGAAAGGCAGCUUCAGUGUAGGGUUAAUCAAAGAGACAGAGGAGGGAGAGUGGCAAGUGAGCAUGAAGGAGCUGGAGGAUAUGUUAGGGGUGGCAGAGAUAUUCUCUGGAGGCUGUGGGGGAGACAACAGGGAGACGGCUGCAGCCAUAGUGGGGCUUCCCAGUUACCAGCCUCAUGCAAAUGCUGCAAAAGCAGAGGCAGAUGCAACAAAUGUUAUAUCAGAAACUAUUGACCCACAUGCAAAGGAAGACAUAAAGGAGGGCAGCAAAGUGCCUGAAGAAAGGUCUGCGGUUGGUGCUAAAUCACAGAAUGCUGAUGUUUCUGACCUUUCAGACGAAACCGUAACAGAAUCCCUACUUUCUGUGAGUAGCGAGCAGUCAUAUAGUGAACCUGUUACUGAAGAGGACUCAAACUCCUCCAGCACUUUGGUCUAUCUCCUGUCCACCACCUUGUCCAUCAUCAAGGCCCCCCUGCACCCCGUCUUCUCCACCAUCACAGAGUUUCCUGCACAGGUAACUUAUGUUCUUCAGGAAGAUCUGGGAAUUCUCUCCGCGCUGCCUGGUGACACCCUCACUCUGUUCCACCUCCUCAUCUCUGACCUUCUGUCCUGGAUGGGAUCAGCUGCAGAUAUGCUGCUUGGUAUUGGGGGGACCUGCUUCUCCAGUUUUUAUUUCUGCACCUCCUCAAUGGCAGAGGCCCUGCUGAUCAGCUGCCAUACUGGGUUAACAGGAAUGGGAACCCUGGCUGCAGACACAGUGGGCAUUUUUGGAGGCGCGCUGGAUAAUAGUUGGUGGGUGACCAAAUUUUUUGGAGGGAGGCUGUGGGAGCAGACUGAGGGCUAUGUGGGUACUGUGGCGUCUGAAAUGCAGGGUCAAGCUCAGGGUGUAGGUGGGGGUCUGGGCAGGCUGGCCUGUAGAAGUGGGAGUGGAGUGGGCAAUGUGUUCAGGAUGGGAGGGAACUUUAUAAUAGGGAUGUUGGAUGUGAUUUUAGGUGGAGUAAGGGAGGCGUUUGGGCAAGAAUCAGAGUAAAGGAUAAAAGGAUUAAAGCCAUAAAUAAAGUGUCUUUAUUCUGUUUUUGUUUAGAUUUUUCUAAUGCACCAUGGUUAAAAAACAAAACAAAAAAACACUGAUGUCAUUUGAUAUGCCUUGCAGUUUUUUUUUUGUUUUUUCUUUUUUUUUUUAGGUUUUUUUCUUCUAAAUAAAUGUAACAAAUUUUAAAUGUUGCACAUUGUUGAUCACUGUGGAAAAGCUGGCUGUCCAAAUAUCUUGCUGCACCUUCAGGUCUGAUUAAGAAAAACACACUGUUUUCACUGUGCUUUGGGAUGGAAAUGCUCAACUCCUGUGUUUGGUUUUAGCACCUGUACAGCUGAAUAAAGGAGAAUGCUUGCUUUCAACACUUAA